GUGAAUACCCAGCAUUUGUAGCACAGAAAGGCAGCAGAGCACAGUAGUCAGGGGAACACUCUCUAUGGUCAGAUUGUUUGCAAGCCAGUCCUAGCUCUGCCACUCUCUUGCCAUGUGACCUUGGGCAUGUGACUAAACUCUUGGUGCCAUAGUCUCUUCAUCCAUGAAAUAGAGACUCAUAGUGUUUCUGUGAGCAAUACAUGGAUAACAUCUAUUAAAUGAGGAAAAAUGAGAGUAUCUAUUCAUAGGAUUACUGCAGGAAUGACAGGAGUCGAAUGGCUUACCAAAGUGCCUGACAUACCAUGCAAAUUAAGUGUUAACUAAUAUUAUUUCAAGAACCCUUCCCCUUCCCAUCUAUAUACUUAUGAUCCUCUCAUCAGCCCCACUAACCUUUUCCCAAGGUCCAGAGCUACACAGCAACAGAGGGACGAGUGGGGAGCAGACAUCAGCUUCCUAUUCCUAGCUCAAGUCAAGGAGUACUUCCACAUUCAGAGGUUUGAAGGACGCUCAACUGCUACCCUCCCAUUUUUUACAGAGAAUGAAAUCAAGGCUGAAAAGGAGACUGAACCAGCCCAGAGCCAGGGGCAGAGGUUCAGGCUAAAUUAGAACCUGCUCCCGACCCCAGUCCGGUCCACUCUAUUUGCUUUAUCUCUGCUGCCUCUCCCUCCAGCGUCCAAGAAACUUAGCUACUCACCAACCCAGUGGGGUGGGCUCGAUGUUAAUCCUGUCCUUGCUUCUUCCCAGCUGAAUGACCUUGAACAAGUCAUGUAAAUUCUCUCAGCCUCAUUUUAAACAUCUUACAGAUAUUAUCCCAAUUGGUAGAUGUUCUUAUUGGUCACACUCUGAGGAAACAAGGCCGAGUUGGGAUACUUGCACAGGAGCAUACAGUCGCUUUAGUACAGGUUAAAAGGGGGUAUCUUUGUAAGCAGCUCUCACAGUGCCCCGCAUGCAUUAGGUGCUCCAUAUGUAGUCACUAUUGUUUCUAUUUCCCACACGGAAGUGAGUGACCCUGCAGGACUCCCAGAUGCCCUCCGGCCCGCAGCCAUCCAGCCUGCCGGCCACCACAUCACAUGAGCCAUACUAUCUUUAGCCAGGGAGAUAUUUAUAUCCCCCGGGAAGUUUUUUUCCGCUCUGGGGGAGCCCCAGAGUCGGUGGCCGCUGAAUCCAGGCCCCCGCGGCGGCCCCCCGCCCAACGGGCUCGCCAUGCCGCGGGCCCCAGAGGCCCCCACGGUGCAAGUGUGGGUGGGCGGCCAGCUCUUCCAGGCCGAGCGGGCCCUGCUGGUGGAGCACUGCGGCUUCUUCCGUGGCCUUUUCCGCUCCGGCAUGCGGGAGACGCGCGCGGCCGAGGUGCGCCUGGGCGCGCUGAGCGCUGGCGGCUUCCACACCAUGCUGCAGGUGCUGCGCGGCGAGCGGCCGGCGCUGGCGGCCGCAGACGAGCUGCUGCAGGCCGUGGAGUGCGCCGCCUUCCUGCAGGCGCCAGCGCUGGCGCGCUUCCUGGAGCACAGCCUCACGUCGGACAACUGCGCGCUGCUGUGCGACGCGGCCGCCGUCUUCGGCCUGCACGACGUAUUCCACAGCGCCGCGCUCUUCAUCCGCGACGGCGCACACGACCUGGCGGCCGAGCUGGCGCUGCCCGAGGCGCGCGCCUACGUAGCGGCGCUGCGGCCCAGCAGCUACGUGGCCGUGAGCACGCACACGCCGGCGCCCGGCUUCCUGGAGGACGCGUCGCGCACGGUGUGCUACCUAGACGAGGAGGAAGACGCGUGGCGCACGCUGGCCGCGCUGCCACUGGAGGCCAGCACGCUGCUGGCGGGUGUAGCCACGCUGGGCAACAAGCUGUAUAUCGUGGGUGGCGUGAGGGGCGCCAGCAAGGAGGUGGUGGAACUGGGCUUCUGCUAUGACCCGGCCAGCGGCACGUGGCGCGAAUUCCCCAGCCCGCACCAGCCGCGCUACGACACGGCGCUGGCUGGCUUCGAUGGCCGCCUCUACGCCAUAGGCGGCGAGUUCCAGAGGAUGCCCAUGAGCUCUGUGGAGCGCUACGACCCCGCUGCGGGUUGCUGGAGCUUCGUAGCCGACCUGCCGCAGCCGGCUGCCGGCGUGCCCUGCGCCCAGGCGUGUGGCCGCCUCUUCGUGUGUCUAUGGAGGCCGGCUGACACCACGGCCAUAGUGGAGUACACUGUGCGGGCCGACACGUGGCUGCCGGUGGCUGAGCUGCGGCGCCCGCAGAGCUACGGCCACUGCAUGGUGGCCCACCGCGACAGCCUCUAUGUGGUGCGCAAUGGACCUUCCGACGACUUCCUACACUGCGCCAUCGACUGCUUCAACUUGGCCACGGGCCAGUGGACGGCGCUGCCUGGCCAGUUUGUCAACAGCAAGGGAGCUCUCUUCACAGCGGUGGUGCGCGGCGAUACAGUCUAUACGGUCAACCGCAUGUUUACGCUGCUCUAUGCCAUCGAGGGUGGCACCUGGAGGUUGCUCAGGGAGAAGGCCGGUUUCCCAAGGCCCGGCUCCUUGCAGACCUUUCUUCUUAGGCUGCCUCCUGGCGCCCCGGGGCCUGUGGCCUCAACGACACCAGAACUGUGACCCUGGGCUGGUCUUAGAGGGGAUAUCCUGGAGUCUUCGCUGAGCCAUGGCAGAGUCUAUAAAGCCGGCCUUUGGAGCUG